AUGGCUCAUAACAACCCAAAAUGGACUGAAAAUCUGCCUAUUGUUCUGUUGGGUAUUAGAUCUGCCAUUAAGAAAGAUAAAAAUGCUUCUUGCAUUGAACUUGUCUACGGUACUACACUUAGAUUACCGUCAGAUAUGCUGAAUGCUACAUAUACUGAAUCUUAUGUGUCACAACUUCGAUCAGUCAUGCAUUUAGUUAGACCUAUUCCAACCUCUAGGCAUAUUCAAUCACCAAUUUAUGUACAUCCAGCACUUCAAACCUGUUCUCAUGUAUUUCUCUGUAUCGAUUCUGUUAAACCACCUCUAACUCCACCUUACACUGGUCCUCAUACCGUGAUUAAACGAAUGGAUAAAAAUUUUAUUAUUGAGGUAAAUAACAAAACGAUUACAGUUACAAUCGAUCGUUUAAAACCAGCAUAUAUGUUAUCAGACUGUAUAAAUUCGCCUGUAAUUCCUCAGUUUCCACAGGAAGUCUGCGAAGACUCAAAAAUUGUUCCAAAACAAGUAGUUACCCGCAGUGGACGUCGUGCUCAUUUCCCCCCCCCAAAAAAAAACUAA